ACAAAAAAACACUCACAACAAACCAUCUUUUGUCUUUUCAAUUGGACUGUUUGGGAGAACCCCAUUUGCGUUUUUUCUGAACUAUUUUUUCCUCUACCAUUCUUGCAUCACUUAGUUGUUAGCUUGUCGAAACAGAAUCAGAAGAACUCUACAUUACAUACGCACGCACAGAAGUUUCAUUAAGUAGACAGAGAAUCUACUGAAACUUCUGUAUUGUUUUUGUUCUCCAAAAUUUUCGUCAGUGCAUACCAUCCAUUUUUUCGUAAGAUUUUAUAAUUUUUUUUUUUCUGUUUUACCUUCGAGAAAAACCAGGCCAAGGAGGUGUUUCACUCUUGGAGGAGGUUUUUACUUUAACGCCAGAAUCUGAAACAACAACAACAUGCGACGUUUGUUGAUAUAAUAUUAAUAAUAAAAGUUAGACUUGUGUGUCUGUUUCUGAUUUUGUGGUGUUACCGUGAACCUCCAUCCCCUCUUAAUCCAACGUUUAUCCAUUGCCUAGACCCGAAUCAAAACCCAACCUUUGCCUCAACGCAACACCAAAAAUAUUAUUUUCUUAAACAAAAAAAUAGAAAGAAAAAAAAAACGUAGCUUUUAGCUUUGGGUAUCGACUGUCGACCACCCAAAUUGAACCCUUUUAAUCCGUUUUCUGACAAGGGGAAGGACAACAAUCUAGUGCUUUUUCUAGGUUGCAUCGAGGCCCUUGUUGUUUUUCAUUGAUCAGUGGCAAUUGGCAUUAAAAAAUUGGAUUUUGAUUUGUGGGUGGUUGGUGGAUUUGGUUUUCCCUCGAUCUAUUGAUCCGGGGUUGUGGCUUUUGGGUUUUUGAUGUUGAGAAUGAAUAAAGGGUCACUUGAUUACUGGAGGAAUUACUUUGGAGCUGCGAACUCUGACAUAUUUGGCAUCAUUGACCAUGCGAUCAUGGUGGCUGCUUCUGAUUGCCCCGAGGAGUUCAGGAUGAGGAGGGAUGGGAUUGCAGAGAGGUUGUUUUCUAGCAGACUGAGUCGAUGUUUGGGGUGUGAGCGGGUUGAAUUGUCUGUCCCAGUGGAUGAUGAUGGUGGUGGUUGUAAGAAUGGCUUUGAAGGGACCGGAGCUGAGUUUGAGUCUGAAGCAGGCGCAAGUAAAGAGAGCAAGGUCAAUAGUGCCAGCGUUGAUGAUCCUGGAGUGACGAACACGAACCGAGCUAGCAAUUACAGCUAUGGGGAAGCUGAGGCGUUGACUGAUGAGAUUGAAGAAGAGUCACAAUAUGUUGAAGAGGUAUUCAGGAUCAAGGAUGUUUUGCUUAACUGUGAAGAAGAGUCUGAUUCAGUUUUGUUUGAUUCAUUGAGAAGGCUUCAGCUGAUGGAACUCACAGUGGAUCUUUUGAAGGCAACUGAGAUUGGAAAGGCUGUCAAUCCUCUUCGAAAGCAUGGAUCAAGUGACAUUUGUCUACUCGCGCGGACUCUUAUCGAAGGCUGGAAGGAAAUGGUGGAUGAUUGGGUCAAGGCUACCACAGCUAUUGCAGGUUCAGAAGGUACUCCAGAUUCAGUAAAUCCAUCUGUUAUUGAUGAUGAAGAAGGUCUUCCAUCACCUCCUAUGGAUGAAGGGGCUUUAUUUGCCCCUCCAACAGGUUCUAUGGAACUCUCCCAGUUCUUCGAUGGCAUGGAUGAUGAUGGAAAUCCUCGACAUAGUGGGGAAUUCAUGAAAAACCGUGAUCAUGGAAGAAGUCCAUCUCUGAAGAGGAAACCUCAGGCAUCAAAUGGGGCAAACAUUGUUGCCAAGGACGGCGGAAAAGGUCAGCAAGCAAAGAAAAAUGAGGUUGCUGUGAGGCCGAAUAAACCAGCUAUCAGUGAUUCUGGUCCUGGCAGACCACCAAAAUCAACCAUGCAGAAGAAAGGCUCUAUUGAGCCGAAGGUGCAACAGAAUACAGUGAAGAAUACUAUCCCAAAAAAUCCUCAUGUUCGUCAGCUAGAUAAACCCAGGUGUUCGGAUGAUGCUUCAGUCCAAGUGAAGUUAGAAGCCAGUAAGAGGAAACUUCAGGAGCGGUAUCAACAAGUUGAAAAUGCUAAGAGGCAGAGGACAGUGCAGGUUAUGGAGUUGCAUGACCUCCCAAAGCAAGGUAUUGGCCACCGGAAUCCGCAUGUGAAACCCGGAAAUCAAAAGAGGCAAUGGGGUCAUGGACGAAGAUAGAACAGUUAAUUUCCAGAAUCUGGACAAGAACUCCCUUUGCUACCAUUAUUGAAGCUUCAUAAUCUCUUAACCAUUCAUACCUGUAUAGAGCUGUUCUGAUGGGAAGGGAAGUAACCUCUGAGUCACUGUUUCAUUUUUCAAGUUAAAAAAGGUUGAAUAUACAUAGAAUUUUGUUGAUCCAAGAUUGGAUUUGGAAGAGGAUUCAUCAUGAGCACUUAAUUGUUGAUGUGGUUCUAAAUUGGGUAUCCAUUGGUUCCAUCUUCAUGAUUGGUCAUUUAAUUUUUGAACAAUUUUCUUGUCACACAACAUUCAUCAGGGCCUUGGGGUCUCAACUUUUCAGCUCCAUUGUCACAGAUUCAAGAGUUCUUGAGAAUAAACAAUGCCAUUUAAGUAUCAUCAUUUUUUUUAUUAAAACCCUUUUCUACCUUUCUUGCA